AUUCCCAACAUAUCACUAAAAAAACUUCUGGAAAUAACCUCCAUGUGCGGUGUGACUUUGGGUGCAAUUCCGGAUCUCGUGCUUUUUGUUAAACAUUAGAUUCCACUGCAAGAACAACAUCAUUCUUUCGUUUUCUACGCCAAGCAUUAAAUAAAACCGCCCCCAUUCAAAAUGAUGCAACCACAAAUUGUUCUCCUCAAAGAGGGUACAGACACCUCCCAGGGCAAACCACAGCUAGUCUCUAAUAUUAAUGCCUGCCAAUCAGUGGUUGAUGCAGUCAGGACUACUCUUGGUCCUCGCGGUCUUGACAAACUGAUCGUAGACCGCAACGGCAGAGCAACGAUUUCUAAUGAUGGUGCUACCAUCAUGAAGCUGCUUGAUAUUGUUCACCCAGCAGCCAAAACACUGGUUGACAUUGCAAAGUCUCAGGAUGUAGAAGUUGGAGAUGGCACAACCUCAGUUGUGCUUAUUGCUGGAGAAUUCCUCAAACAGUUGAAACCAUUUGUAGAGGAGGGAGUUCAUCCAAGAGUAAUCAUCAGAUCUGUACGUACUUCACUUCAGCUGUGCUUAGAGAAAAUCAGUGAGCUUGCAAUUAAAAUCAAAAAAGAAAAUGCAGGUGAAUACCGUUCUUUGUUGGAGAAAUGUGCCGCUACUGCCAUGAGCUCGAAGCUAAUUCACCAACAGAAGGAUUUCUUCUCAAAACUGGUGGUUGAUGCAGUAUUGAUGUUGGAUGAGUUGCUGCCACUAAAUAUGAUUGGCAUCAAGAAGGUUGCAGGUGGAGCUCUGGAAGAUUCCACGUUAGUUGCUGGAGUUGCCUUUAAGAAAACAUUCAGUUAUGCUGGCUUUGAGAUGCAACCUAAAACUUACAAGCAGUGCAAGAUUGCACUUUUGAAUAUUGAGCUUGAGUUAAAGGCAGAAAGGGAUAAUGCUGAAGUAAGAGUAAAUAAUGUCAAGGAAUAUCAGAAAAUUGUAGAUGCCGAAUGGAAUAUUUUGUACAAUAAAUUAGCAAAGAUUCAUGAAUCUGGCGCGACUGUUGUUCUCUCCAAAUUACCGAUUGGUGAUGUAGCUACACAGUAUUUUGCUGAUAGGGAUAUGUUCUGCGCCGGCCGCGUUCCGGAAGAGGACCUCAAGCGAACCAUGAAGGCCUGCGGUGGUGCCGUCAUGACUACUGUAAAUGAUGUUAACGACUCUGUGUUGGGUCGCUGCGAACUGUUUGAAGAGAAGCAAGUUGGUGGCGAACGCUUCAACUUUUUCCAGGGAUGCCCUAAUGCAAAAACAUGCACAGUAAUUCUUCGUGGUGGAGCAGAACAGUUUCUAGAGGAAACUGAGCGUUCCCUUCAUGACGCCAUUAUGAUUGUCCGUCGUACGAUUCAAAACGACUCCGUUGUAGCAGGUGGUGGCGCCAUCGAGAUGGAAUUGUCCCGUAUGCUGCGAGAUCACAGCCGUACCAUUGCCGGCAAAGAACAGCUCCUUAUCGGCGCACUCGCGAAAGCAUUAGAGGUCAUUCCCAGACAGCUGUGCGACAAUGCUGGAUUUGAUGCGACGAACAUUCUGAACAAACUGCGCCAGAAGCACGCUCAGGGUAAUUGUUGGUACGGCGUUGACGUUAUGACGGAGGACAUCAGCGACAACUUCGAGGCGUGCGUUUGGGAGCCAGCUAUCAUCAAGGUGAAUGCACUGACGGCAGCAUGUGAGGCGGCUUGUCUUAUUCUCAGCGUGGACGAGACGAUUAAGAACCAGAAGUCCGGUGACGCAGCGCAAAUGCCGCAAAUGGGACGAGGAAUGGGCAGGCCCAUGUAAUUCUACAGCUCCGCAUCGCAUUUAUUUCUUUGUUUUGUAACAUUUUAUGGCUUAAGCAUAACACUCAUAAAGUUAUCAGAAAUUGCAAACUCAUUGUCACCAUUCUUAUCUUAUGUACUAGCGAAUAACGAUCACUUUAUUAUUAAAAUAUAACGAACUAAUGGUUUCUAAAAAA